CAAAACUCAAACAAAACAAAACUUAAAAAUUUAAAAAUGGACAAAAGUUUAGCAAAAGAGUUUUUUGAAAUAUCUGAAGAAAUAUGCAAUAUUUUGCAUUUAAAGCAUUAUGAAAAAUCCAAGAUAAAUAGUUUAAUUGAUGAUUUAAAUUCGAAACCAUACAAAACACACUUGUUUGUUUCUAAACAUGAUGCAACAAAUUUAGUGAGUACUUUAUGCCGGAAUAUUAUGCCUACAGAUAAUCUUUUAACUGACAAAACAUCACAUCUGCUGAACAGCAUUAUUACUAAGCAAAAUUUACAAUUUAAUGAUGAUUUCCUUAGGAAUGUACUCUCUUGGCAUAUGGGAUGCCUAAAGUCAUGUUCGAUUCACAUAUUACCUGAUAUUUUAUACAAUACUCAAUGUAUUAUACAAUACAAUCCACUGGCUGCUAGUCCGAUCAUAGAAGAUCUAAUUGGCAAACGAGGCAUUUUGCUAAAUUACAUCAAGAAUUUCUCAAGUAUCAGUCUAGACAAUCCCUUACAAAUUACCCUUCUUUCAUUGAAGUGCAUUGGCUCUAUCACACAAAUUUGUGAUGACAAGUCGGGAGAGCUGACCAAUGCUAUAUCUCAAGAAAUAAAAGAAAAUUUGUUUCAAACUGUAAUUUCUUUUCUACAAAAUGGAGGCUGUGAGAUUUUUAAAUCUGAUGAUUUUUUCUACUAUAAAGUAGUCAUAGCAGCCCUCCGAGUACUGUCACAACUGUGCCUCCACGGGCACAAUGUGAACAUUCCUCUGCCAGAGCUGAUGGGUAUCUCCAAGCAUUUCAUACUCCUGGGUCUGGUGCCCCAGCCGACCCGCUGGACGAGUAUAAUGCCUGCCCAGCAGACCAUUGCACCUGUGCCGAUUGUUCAUAACACAGGGGGAAAAGGAAAGAAACAGAAACUAAGGAAGCACAGGAACAACGCCAUUGACAGUCUGAAGAAAGAGAUCCCUGUAUCCGACAGAAGCCUCAUGAAUGAUGUGGGACACUUUGACAACAACUCUGCAUACACACCGGCCAGCCUGGACUUCCUUGAUACUCCCAAAGGACAGACUACCGCUUGGCCACUGACUAGUGACUCUGAUGUGUCUGAUAUUGAAAAUGCUCAGGAAGCUAAACUAAUAGCUUUGAAGUCUAGAGUGAGGCUGAGCGCAUCUAAUUUGAUGCUGGUACUGGUAAAAGUAACUGAAAAGCGAGACAUGUUCGGCUAUUGGUGGGCUCUGCUUCCCGACUCCCCUGAUUGGUCCAACUGUGAGGCUUCAAAAGAGACAUUGACCUAUUGCGCCGUGAAGGACCCUAUAGCCAGCUGCCGUGCAAAUGUACUGAGCGUUAUACUGUCACUACUUUCUGGCUCUAAAAUGUACCUCUCUCAAGCUGAAAUCAGCAAGAAAGCUACCGAAUCAUUCAUCCCCUUCUCAGUGACUCUCGGUUUUACGAUCACCAACUUGCACAAAGUCCUAGUCAGCAUACUGGACAGUGAGCGAGUGGCCUCAGUGAACCUUGUCGCAUUGAAGUGUUGCGCCGCGCUGGUGCAAGCCACGCCGUAUCAUAAGAUGAAGGAGGGUCUUAUCAGUGAGCUUGUGAGAUCGUGCAGGAAGUUUUUGGUUCAUAGAGAUGUAACAUUACAAGUUGGUGCCUUAAUAACAAUGGGAUGUGUCUUGUCUAUUAACCCGACAGUUGAUGAAGUGUUAAAAUCUGUCGAAAAGGAUAACGUACAAACAAAAUCAGCAACCUCAGAACACAAUGCUACUAAAAGCAGUUUAGUGGAUGAUGACUUUGAGGAAUGCUAUUCUGAUGACGAAAUGUUUGUAGCUACGGAGGAAAAUGCAGUAGAUGAUGCAAAUACUACACAUACUCACUAUUUUAAAAGUUGGAUUCUAGAUAUCUGUUUGAAAAACAUGGGCUGGACCUUCCGAGGAGGCGAGAUUGUCAAAUGCCUGCCAGCCCCCACACCAGUCAUCCUGGAGUCUCUCCGUGUAAUCUCAGCAGCGUGUACCGCUCACUGGGCGGCGCUGGCGGCGGCGCGGGGCGCCCAGCUGGGCGCGCUGCUGGGCGAGCUGCUGCGGCAGCCGGAGCUCGCGCUGCAGGCUGCCAGGGCUCUGGCUGCUCUCGCGGCUGCUAGUGCUUCGAGCGAUGAAACUGAAGAAUCUCUGCCGCUGACACAGCUAGUGCCGAUGUGGGAGAAACUGAUCACUCCGCUCUCAGCGAUAUUGCAAAGCCCCGACAAUCCGCCAGCCAAAGUGGCGGUCUGCGAUUGUAUAGCGAAUAUUGGCGAAAGAUGUUAUAAGGAACUACCGCGGAGACUACAAGUGGUGUGCUGCACGCUACUAGUGGGCUCGUGCAGCGACGAGGAGGCGGCGGUGCGCGCGGCCAGCGUGCGCGCGCUCGCCAUGAUGCUCAUGUACCGCACGCACAGAGAGGAUAUCUACUUCGUCUGCGACUGUGGCGAGAACAUCCUGCGUGCGUUAGCGGAACCAUCCCUGUUCGUGAGGACCAAAGCCGCCUGGGCCCUCGGAAACCUGAGCGAUGCCCUCGUGUUGAACCUGGAGGACCCCGAUAUCGACGACAUUGACGGCGACCUACUACGCCGGCUACUAAAGGUCAGCGUGGACUGCGCCACUGACAACGAUAAGGUCAAAAUGAGUGCGCCGCGCGCCCUGGGCAACAUCCUACGCCUCAUAAAAGAGCAGGACUUGGAACGGGACAUGGAACUAAAGCCCCUAUGCGCCCUGGCUAUAAGGAAGCUGGUUGACCUCACCGGCAAAGGCAACACUAUGAAGGUUCGAUGGAACGCGUGCCGAGCUAUCGGGAAUGUGCUGAAGAAUGACAGCAUGUAUACCUGCUUUUCGGGGUGGGAGAACCAAGUGCUCCCCUGCUUAUGCGUACUAAGCAAGGAGUGCAAGAACCUGAAGGUUCGCAUAAACGCCGCGACGGCGCUGCGGGCGGUGCGCACGCGCAGCCUGUACGGCGACCAGUUCGCGCCCGUGUGGCGAGGUGUCAUGGCCGCCAUGGAGAGUGCGGCUAUAUUUGAUGAUUUUUCGGAGUAUAAACAUAAGGAUAAUCUUACUGAGCAGCUAUGUGUGACCCUGUCCCACAUGUGCUGUCUGCUCAAGCAGUCCGACCUGGCAGACAUACUGGACCCCCUGGUCUUUCACUACGACUGCGCCAAGUCUCUCUUCACGCAGCUAUGCCACAGGUUGCCUCCAGAGAACCCCUCGUGUCUUGUCAUCUUGGAAGCGGCUAAAUACGUGACGAUGAGUUUGACGGCGGAAUCUGAUGCGCAGCAACAAGCGUUGGCGACGCUGCAAGAGAUCUUUAUCUGGGAUAUGUAGCGGUUUGAUAUAACGUAUGAUAUAGCGUUAGAUGGAUGAUGUUAUGUUAAUACUGAACAAGUUGUAACAGACAAUGUGUCCUAAAGUAAGUUUUGUACAAGGGUUCCGGGCACAUAUCGUUCCGGUGUUACUGUACUGUUUUUUGUGUUAAUAUUGUUUACGCACCAAAUAUUUUGGAACAAGAUCUAAUUUUGUUGCGGCAAUUAAAGUAAUUAUUAAUGUUAUCACAUUAUUUCACCAGAUGUACUAACGAUAUAUUUUCGUAGUGUAAUCUAAAAGACAGACAGAAAAGUAGUUUAAUUAGAUCACAGAUUUCACUGCGAAUUUUCGCUUUUCUGUUUGUUCAGAGGGAGAGAAAAUUUACGUAUUGCACAUUAUUUUAUAAAUGCUUAUAGUGAAUAUGAUUCAUUUUAUUUAUUUAAUUUAUUGCUCGAUUAAGAGGCACGUGCAUUUAUCAUUUCUGCAAACAUUGCAGUCUGAAAGUGAUAACAAAGUAAGCAAUGUAUGAAAGACAUAACAAAUAU